GCCAUGCUGGUCCAGCCAAGAGGAAAGCCAUUAUGAUGGAAACGAAGCUGGAUAUCAUCAAAAGGUCGGAGAAAGGCGAGACGCCGAUGAACAUCGGUAAAGCCUUAGGCUUCAGUUGGUCGACCGUGGCGACCAAUAUUAAGGACAAAGCCCGUAUUUUAGACCACGUGAAGGGUUCAGCCCCUAUGAAGGCUACAGUGAUCACGAAGCAGCAUUCUUCCAUCCUAAUCGAGAUGGAAAAAUUACUUACGAUAUGGAUCGAGGAUCAGAAUCAACGUAGGCUUUCUAUCAGCCUAAUGCUCAUUCAGGAAAAGGCAUGGCGUAUUUUCCAAACUUUGAAAGAGCAGAAAGGCAAGGAUGCUGAGAAGGAGGAAUUUACCGCCAGCAAGGGCUGGUUUAUGAGAUUCAAGGCCCGUGUCAAUCUUCAUAAUCUCAAGGUCCAAGGUGAGGCUGCAUCCGCAGAUGAAACGGCUAUGAAAGCUUUUCCGGAUGAUCUAGCCAAGAUCAUCCGGGAGGGCGGGUAUCUUAUGGAGCAAGUUUUCAACAUGGAUGAAACCGGAUUAUUCUGGAAGCAGCUGCCUAAUCGGACCUACAUCUCUAGGGAGGAGAAGACGGCCCCGGGCUAUAAGGUGGGGAAGGAGAGGCUUACUUUGCUGCUUGGGGGUAACACUGCUGGGGACUUCAAGCUGAAACCUUUGCUCGUCUGUCUUGCUGAAAACCCCAGGGCACUCAAGGGGAUCUGGAAGAGUAUCCGACCAGUCAUCUGGAAGUCGAAUAGGAAGGCAUGGGUGACGCUUGCUAUUUUUGAGGAUUGGUUCACCAACCAUUUUGUCCCCGCAGUGGAGCGGUACUGUGCGGCCAAGGGCAUCCCCUUCAAGGUCUUGCUGUUGCUCGACAAUGCUCCUGGCCAUCCUCCUACUUUAGGUGAUUUCCACCCCAAUGUUAAGGUGGUUUACCUCCCACCCAACAUGACAUCCCUGCUGCAGCCCAUGGAUCAAGGCGUCAUCACGUCCUUCAAGGCAUACUACCUUAGAAGGACUAUGGCUCAGGAGUUGGAUAGGACGGAGAAUCAAGAGAACUUCAACCUUAAGGACUUCUGGAGGGGGUAUAACAUCCGUGAUGCCAUUAAGAGCAUCGCCGAUGCGUGGAAUGAGGUGAAGCAGACCAACAUGAACGGCGUGUGGAAGAAGUCGUGUCCCCAAUUUGUGAACGACUUCCACGGGUUUGAGGAGACUCGUGAGUCUGUGAUCAAUACAGUUGUCCAAAUCAGUCGGCGGUUGGAUCUGGAGUUGGAGACGGACGACAUCACAGAACACUUUGCAGCACCACAUGCGGCCCUAUAG